UUUACUACAGCAUGUUCAAGCAGUGCUGAACCAGGUCAGGAGUGGCAGGCGAAUCUUGGAUAGCUACAGUACCAUUCACCUUUACUACAAAACAAAACCUCAGGAGAAGAUGUGGGCUCAAUCAGAAAGCAGUUCAGAAGUUGAGGACAUGGACACCUCAGACAUGCCUGUUAUGACAGAUUACAAAACAAAUCCAUGGCAUUGGUUCUACCUGGACACGAGGGGAACGUGGCACAUGUUUGAGAAUGAUCACAUGGAAAGAAACUCUCUGACCAGUCAGGACAUAGAAAGGUAUUACACAAGAAAUCCAAAAGGAGUCUUACAGAUAUCCACAUCCAGAGGCAUCAACAAGCUGGAUUUCGCUGAGAUGGUUCUGACUGACAUCAAAACAAGGAAGCAGACGCCCAUCAAACGAUCCAACAACACUCACAACACUGGGAAUAGUGGAAGAUGCUCUUGUGUGAGUUCAGUGCCCACACACUGGGAAGCGGUGGACCCCAAAUACCCCUACCAGGUGUUCUGUCUGAAGAGAGACACAGCUGAAUAUGAUUAUGUGGCAGGCUGCUUAAAGGAUGGGGAACUUGACAGACGCAUCAAAUCCAUCUGUAGAAUACAGAACCUGGACCUCUGGGAGUUUUACUGUAGGAAAAAGAUUCAGUUGGGAAGGAUUCAAGGUGUUACAGAGGUCAAGGAGGAGAAGCUGUUUCAUGGAACAAAAGUCAGCAACGUACACUCAAUUUGUACAUACAAUUUUGACAACAGGUUAGCUGGUAUCAACGGCCAUAUUCUUGGAAAAGGAACCUACUUUGCAAGAUUUGCCUCAUAUGCAGAUAAGUACAGUCCAUGGAACACUGAUCCAGUACCUCUGUUUGGUGAGGCACCACAAGGCUUCAGUAGCCAAAAGACCAAAACAAUGUUUCUGUGCAAGGUGAUAGUUGGGAAAACUACACUGGGAAAGACAGAUUACCUCAAGCCUGAUGACAAAAGUGCUAUCAACUUCCAUGACAGUUGUGUGGACAAUGUCAUGUAUCCCAGAAUUUUUGUCAUAUUUGAUCCCAAUCAGAUAUAUCCAGAGUACUUAAUUCAGUACUAUUGAAAUAAAGAUGGAGACCGAGUGACCUACAAUGAGUUGCCAUGUGCAAUAUGAACUGUCAGCCUGUCAUUUUAAACAGUGGUCCAUUCUCAAUGGAAAUCAUUUCUAGAACAAUGGAUUGUGUAAUAGGCUAUUGCGGUGGUGUCGGAAUAGGGCGGCGCUCAGGGGCUGUGGGUGUUUUUUAUUUUUUAUUUUACUAGGCAAGUCAGUUAAGAACAAAUUCUUAUUUUCAAUGACGGCCUAGGAACAGGGGGUUAACUGCCUGUUCAGGGGCAGAACGACAGAUUUGUACCUUGUCAGCUCGGGGAUUUGAACUUGCAACCUUUCGGUUACUAGUCCAAUGCUCUAACCACUAGGCUACCCUGCCGCCCCCUACCCUGAGUGAGAAAGACAAGGAGGAGAACCAACGAGUCAACACAGCCCUCUUCAUUAUCAACACAUUGUACCGACAACAUGAAAGAGCCAUUCCAGACUCUGACGCAGGAGGAUUUUGAAAGUUAGGUGUUAGCCAGACUAGUUAGCCAGACUAGUUAGCCAGACUAGUUAGCCCGACUAGUUAGCCAGACUAGUUAGCCAGACUAGUUAGCCAGACUAGUUAGCCAGACUAGUUAGCCAGACUAGUUAGCCAGACUAGUUAGCCAGACUAGUUAGCCAGACUAGUUAGCCAGACUAGUUAGCCAGACUAGUUAGCCAGACUCGUUAGCCAGACUCGUUAGCCUACAGUAGGAAAGGUUGUGUGUGGCCUAGUAAAAAAAGAUUUUCAGAGCACUGGCAGUAGAGGUCGCUGUUGACCUUGAUGCGCACCUGUAGGCCCCUUUCCAUGUUUGAAGAUGAGAUGCUAAAAUGCUCGCUUUCUGUCGACUCAGGGCAGUCACUCCGCUGUACUGGAAUGGAAUUAAAACUUCAAAUGAAUUGGACAUGUCCAUUUCAUUUUUUGUUUUGUUUUU